AUUACUAUAAUUAUCGCAAUAAAAUAUUAAGUAAAUACACUAUAACAUCACAUCACAUAAAAACUGUGUAAACGAAAAAAAAUCUAAAUGUAAUCCUUUACAUAACCAGACUCAACGCCACCUGCGCAUUAAAUUGAUUAAAAUCUUCCUUAACCUAAGGCAACAUCCCAAUUUAUCUAAACCAAAUAUUUUAAAAAUCACGAGAAAAAUAUUAUGUGGCAUGUUCCCAUUUUUCGCGCCAGUGUUCAACAAAUCAGUCAAACGUUGUCCUUGAUCUUUUUGUUCCGUAAACGGCAUUUUUCUUGGCUUCUUGUUCUGAAUCAAGCGAAUUGUGCGUUUAGCAGUGAAAGUGUUCAAAAAAAUACCGGCAAUAUCGUUCCAACUAUGGUGGAGGAGUCAGUGAAGCCAAACAUUAACCAUGGCUUAUUAUUGUACCACAAUCAAUACUCAUUUUACUCCCAAAAAGUGGUAAUGGCUCUACAUGAAAAAAAUUUACUAUUUGAAUCUCGUCUUAUAGAUUUAACUAAAAGUGAACAGUAUGAACAUUGGUUUUUGCAAAUAAAUUCAAGGGGCGAAGUCCCAGUUCUACAGGACAGUAGCAAGAUAAUACCAGAUUCUGGCAGGAUUAUUGAUUACCUUGAAGAUAAUUUUAGUAAUGGAGAUACUCCAAGAUUAAUUCCUAUGGAUCAAGGGCCUCAGGUUAGGCAAAAAAUUAUUUAUUUUAGGAAUCUGAUAGAAAAUUUAAAUGGUAAUGUAUUAACAGUUGGGUCAUUAUUACAUCCUGAGGUAGUUACAGGAAGCAGAAAAAUCCCUUUUAUUGGUCCGGUUUGUAACCAAUUACUGAAUGCUGAGAAUAGCAGUGCAGCAAAUCUCAGAAAGGUUGCUGAAGAAAAUCCAGAAUCAAAAGAUAUAUUGCUGGAAAAGGCAGCUAAUCAAGAGGCCAAACAUGAGAAGUUACUCAACAAGGAUGAAUUCAUGAAAAUAUUAAUGGUAACUGAUAAUAUGUUUGAUGAAGUUGAAAAGGAACUUAGUCAACAUACAGGUGAUAUAAAGAAUUGGUGGUUGUGCACAGACAGGUUUACAGUUGCUGAUAUAGCUCUAACGAUCCUUUUAGAACGUCUAAAUCAAAUAGGACUAGAAAAUAGAUUUUGGGCAAACGGAGUUAGACCUCAUGUAGAAGAAUAUUAUAGGAGGGUACAGGAACGCGAAUCUUAUAAGAAUACAAUACCCACAACGUUUAUGUUUAUUAAGACUGUUUUUAUAUCUCAAGCCCCUCUAAUUAUUGGAGUCAGUAUCGCUGCUGUUGUAGCCGUAAUUGUAGGUGGAUGGUUUGUUGUUAAAAAAAUUAUUUACAAAUAAGUUUGUAGUCUAUAAGUUUUAAGCAUCA